AUGUCUGUCGCUUCGAUUGAACAGCUCUGUUCUCUCUCGGGAAGUAUGCUGUCACGACUAUCCGCACGUGGAAUUGCUACUACUACCGCUGCUUGCAGGGCAUCAACGGUGUUCUCUGAUAAGAAUGAAAUCGCAUUUCCAGUCCAUGGAAAGGAGCCGAAAUACGUUGAGAUCAAAGACGCCUUUGGAAAAAUUAAAUCAGGUCAGUCAAUGAUUUUUUUGGAAUAAUU